AUGACGAUGAAUUUCGGCAAUAUGACCCUUGGGGGUGCCAUGGCCACCUUCGGUGGUCAGUCCAACCCCAUGUGUAAUUACACGAGUCCGCUGGCGAAGAAGUUCGUGUACAAAGAGGUCGGGAAGGUAUACUACCCACUCCGCCGUCACGUAUUCCGCACCAAAGUUCGCACCGCCGCAGAGAUCCGCUUCAACGAGAUCGUCAAGCGGUACAUGAAGGAAAAGAUGACGUUCAAGAGGGGCUGCUACGCUGCAACCAUCACUAACACUGUAGAACUGGACCACAUGGGCAGCAUUAUCCCGAAGGACGAGUACGAGGUCAAGCGCCUGACCAGCUAUAUGACCAGCAAAAAGAUGAGCAAUGACUAUAAGAAGCACAUGCAGGAGCUGUGGACUCGUGUGCUGUUUGUGUGCGAGUCGACGAACCUGGUCGGCGUGACUGAGAACGCGAUGCACCAGAACUCACGCCCUGGCACGGAUGAGGAAUUCAUGUCCCUCAUUUGGUACUCCUCCUUCGUCACGACGUUGAUGGCGUUUGUCGUGACCCUGUGCAUCUGGUGGUACCGCUACGGCCAGGCCCCGCAGUACGCUGAGUUCAAGUAA